AUGGAGAAGCUAAACACUGAAGAUGGACAACUCUUCAUUAAGAACCUUGCCAACUUCGUCCGCACCCACGAAAAGGCGCUUGCAAACGCUUUGCAGCUCCGCCGCGAAUCCAAGAAUGUCGUAACCCCACAAUCGCCGACCAGCUCCUCGAGCGCCGGCACCUCCUUUUCCUCCACCUCCCUGACCCUGGCGGCGGCGUUCUCCUUUGGCGCAUUGAAAUUCACAUCGCAGAACAUCAAGCCCGCCAAACUCACCCUGACCCCUCACCACCUCUUCUACCUCCUGUCGCGCUUCGAGGAUCUGUCUAUUGCGGUUGGCCCCAUGAAUGUCCGCCUCGAGAAUAUUCACACCGAAGUCUCCGGGUCGUAUGUCUCCUUCUUGAACAAACCCCAGCGGUCCAAGGGCGAUGGAGCGUCGAUCCACUCCGUUUCUAGCGUUCGUAGCGUCAUGUCCGGUAUGAGUGGCCUCUGGUCCUCCUGGGGCCUCGGAUCCAAGGACUCGAUUUCCAAGUCUGACAAGGCCAAGGUUGCCCUGGAAGCGGACCUCAAGUACCUGUACUCGGCCUUCACCAAGAUUCCUUGUUUGCGAUUGGCCCCGGACCAUCGCGCACGCCUGAUUCGCGGUUAUGAAGAGUUUCCAUUCGACACGGCUGUGCCGCUCCAUUCCUUCAAAAAUCUGAGUGCUUUAGAAAUCAUUGACAUAGAUUACCGCUCCUUCUAUGGUUGGGACCGUCUGUCCGAGCAGCUGCGCACCUUGACCGUCAAGCGGGCUCAUCUGGAUGACCCGGCUGAUCUGUUGACGAGGAUCGUGCUGGAUGACAUUGACAAGCGCCGUCGUCGCUCGGCCAAGUCUCAACAGUCGCCGCCGCUUGGUUGGACCAGCAGCACGGGCACCCAGCCAGUUCAUACCCCCGACCAUGGCUCCAUAUCGGCACCUGGCUCUCCCAUUGCUGAUACUGCACUCGCAAGCAGCACUAGUCCCAAGUCCGUCCCCAUGAUGCGAGCCGGCUCCGAGGGGACGAAGAUUCGCACACGAGCUGAGAGCAUCUCGCCUACUCGGCCGUCUACCAAGCACAGUCACCGUCACAGUCGGGGCCAAUCUGCGCGGAUUCGUCGUACGGGCUCGGGCAGCUCAAACUCAAGCGAUACAUCCGGUGGCUAUCGGACUGGCAGCUCGGCGACUCUUCUUCCUGGCGUUCUCCCUCCUUCGAAGUGGCGGUUCUUGCGACACCUGGGGCUUCCGGAGAACUCGUUGACCUCCAUCUCGGCCGCCAGCCUCGCUCCCGUGGCCAACACACUCAACUCACUCGACCUGUCGUCAAACCUCUUGACUGAGAUUCCCGACAGCUUGGCAUCGCUCAUGUCUCUUCGUGCGCUCAACUUGUCCCACUGCAUGAUUGAAUCGUUGCACUCUCUCACUCGCAACCCGCUCCCCGCCAUCACAGCUCUGAACCUUCGUGGCAACCGACUUCGCUCACUGGCUGGUAUUGAACGCCUCCUUUCCCUGGAGCGCCUGGACCUCCGCGACAACAACCUCAUGGACCCGACGGAAAUGGCACGACUCACCAGUCUCCCUGAGAUACGGGAGAUUUGGGUGUCCGGAAACCCGUUCGUAAAGACUCACUCCGGCUACCGUGUCAUCAUCAUGAACCUCUUCCGUCGGACUCCUGGCUACGCCGAGGACAUCAUUAUUGAUGGUCGUGGACCCGGUUACACCGAGCGUAAGCAGCUGGUGGACCGCGUUGCGGAGCCCGAGGCUGCUCCAGUGGUUCGCUCGAGUGCAGCAGACCAGUCUGUCGUAGUGCACAAGCCUACCAGUGCCGUCCUAGCCCAAGAACCUCCCCCACCUGUGCCACCAAAGGAUGAUAUGGAUUCUCAUCCCAAGGAUGCACAGCAACAGGAGAACGAAGGCGGGACGCACCGUCGUAAGAAGAUCCAGCGGCGACGCAUUGUCGACCUUUCUACCGACAAUCCGUUCACCUCAGAUGGCCUAGGAGCUCCUGGUCCCACCAUGCCAGCAGUUCUCCCGAUCCAGCAGUUGCACAGCCCGACCGGCACAUCUAUCGUGCUCCCGUAUGAACAUCAAUUACGGCUCGACAGCGGCACUCCAUCUGGGUCUUCCAGUAUCCAGAGCCCGGUCAAGCACAUCAACUCUCCUAGUCCCCAGGCUCCGGUGGUACAACCAACCCCGCACAAAGACUGGGCCUUGGAUGAGGAGCUGUGCCGGCAACAGUUGGAGGCCUUGCGACAGGAAGUCGGACAUAGUUGGAUCAGCGUCCUGGGAGACCAUCCCUGGGACAAUGCACAGAAAGGCUUUGCUGCGCAUCACCUGGCAGGGGCUGGGCUGGACCAUGCAGCCCUUCCGACAGCACCUCUUGUCCGUGCAAAUAGCCAUGCUAUCCUGAGUGGAGGUCACGCAUUGGGUGGUUGA